AUGGCAAGAGGUAAGCUCCCCAGCAGACACAAGCCAGCUCCUGGAAACACCUGCACUGGCUGGACCACCACCUCCUGUCUCUCUUCUAGGAGCAGCUUGUGCAAGUACUUCAAGGAUGACAGGAAUAUGAAGAAGCUGAAGGACCCCUACCUGCGGAGGCGGCUGCUGAAGCACACAAAACGUGACAUCGUGGACUCCCUCAGUGUGUUGCCCAAAACUCAGCAUGACCUCAGCUUCUUCAUGGUGGACAUGUGCAUCCAGACGGUGAGCACCUGCUUCCUCCCUGGGCAGCACCAGAGAGAAGGAGGUGAGGAUGAGGGCAAAGUGGACCCUGAGAAACCCAUCACAAUUUCACAUGGAAAACUCUCGUCCUGUGGCAUGGCUGAGAACACAAAGAUGGUGGCAGCUGUACUCAAGAAAAAAAGAUAUGGGGGUUCUUUCCAAGGGAAUUUUGGAAAGGGAAACCUUCAUUAUGCAGAUGGUGGGUAUGAGCUUCUGCCUUCCCACUUUCAGGAGGAUGAUGAAAACGUGGCAAUGAGGGAUAUCCAAGAGGACUCCCAAAUAUGUCACAACCCGUCUACCUUCCAACCUGACAAUCGUAGUGUAAAAUGGCAUAAAGAAUACCAAGAUAGAAUUCCACAAGAAAGAGAAAUGGAGGAGAUCACACAAGAUGGCUCUGGGGAGUGGUUCAAGAUCACAAUUCCAUAUGGGAGAAAGUAUGACAAGACAUGGCUAAUGAAUUCAAUCCAGAGCCACUGCAGUGUCCACUUCAGCCCGGUCGAUUUCCACUAUGUCAAAAAUCGGGCCCAGUUCUUUGUCCAGGACGCUAGUACUGCCUCCGCACUGAAGGAUGUCAGCUACAAGAUUUGUGGUGAGAAGAAUCGAAAGAUAUGUGUCUUUGUCAGUCCUUCUGCUGUACCCUACUCUGUGCAGAAUAAGUUGAAGCCAGAACAAAUGGAGCAGCUAAAGCUGACCAUGAACAAACAAUAUGAUGUCUCCCAGCAAUCUCUAGACCUCCAGAGGCUGCACUUUGACUCAGACUUGGUGGGCCAUGAUAUCGACAUAAUCCUGAAUCGAAGAAACUGCAUGGCUGCCACCCUGCAGAUCAUUAAAAGGAAUUUCCCUGAGCUGUUGUUCUUAAACUUGUGCAACAACAAACUGUACCAGCUGGAUGGCCUGUCUGACAUUACAGAGAAGGCCCCUAUAGUCAAGAUCCUGAAUCUUUCCAAAAAUCAGCUGAAGUCAGUGUAGGAGUUGGACAAGGUGAAAGGGUUGAAGCUGGAAGAGCUGUGGCGGGAAGGGAACCCCUUGUGCAGAACCUUCCCAGACUAAUCUUCCUAUGUAAGUGCCAUCCAGGAUUGUUUCCCCAAAUUGUUAUCCCUGGAUGGCCAGGAGUUACCACCACCAAUUAUAAUUGACAUUGAAGUCCCUGAUAUAAUCAAACCUUGUAAGGAAAGUUAUAAAGGAUCUGAGACCUUGAAGAAUCUGGUCUGCAAUAUCCUGUUCUCUUUGUUCUCCAACAGGUAUUACUUGAUCUAUGACUCUGGAAAUCGAAAGGGUCUUCUUGAUGCUUACCAUGAUGAGGCCUGCUUCUCUCUGGCCAUUCCUUUUGACCCCGAAGACCCAGCACUGAGCAGCUUGGAGGAGUACUUAAAGGAUAGCAGAAAUAUGAAGAAGCUCAAGGACUCUCAUAAGUGGGUGAGGGGGGAAGAUCAGCAUGGGAAAGGGGGUCUGCUGAAGCACACCAAACGUGACAUUGUGGACUCCCUCAGUAUGUUGCCCAAAACUCAGCAUGACUUUAACUCCUAUCAUCAGUUCAGGCAGGCCCAGAAAGAAACAAUGCUCUACUUUUCUAUUAAUGGAGUGUUCAAGGAAGUGGAAGGAAAUUCUCAGGGUUCUGUUCGUGUCUUCACCUGGACCUUCAUCUUGACUUCUGGCAGCAACUCCAGUCUGUGCAUUGUGAACGAUGAGCUAAUUGUGAGGAAUGACAGCACCAAAGAGACGCAGACUGCCUUCUCCAUCCCAAUGCUCACAUCCUUCUCCAGCUCCAUGUCCACCCUCUCCAAGGAACAGCAGGAAAUGGUGCAGGCUUUCUCCACCCAGUCUGGGAUGGACUUUGAGUAGUCUCAGAAGUGCCUUCACGACAACGAGUGGAACUACACCUGAGCUUGUCAGGUCUUCACUAUACUCCAGGUGUCCAUAAGAGAAAGUGGCAUUGGGGCCGACAAAAUUGGUGAGAAGACACAAGCGUGGCUCCAGCUGCUGCUGUUGCUAGUAGCCAUCCAAACUGGCACUACAGCUCUGAUCAGGCCAGCCAUGCACAGGAUCUUUGCCCACACUGCUGCACCAAUCAGCCCAGCUGUGCAAGGGACCUCUACUGCAGCUGCUUGCAGUGCAGGGGCCUUUGCUAGUGGCUGUCUACACUGCCGCACCAGCUGGACCAGCCACACAUGGGACCCCUGCCCAAGCAGCCUCAAUAGCCAGCUCAGCUAUUUGUGGGUCCGCCUGCCGCAGUUGCAGGCAGUGCAGCUACUGCCGCCAUAG